AUUCGCUGUAGAACGCAUGGGAACCUUUGUCGGCCAUCGCGCGAUGAGCGCGCUCAGCGCAGAGAAGGUCAUGCCCAAGGCGCCGACGACGCUCAAGCACGGCAAGGUGCCCAAGUCCAUGGCCUUUGUCCACCUGGUCGUGCGCUCCGUGCGCCCGAUCCUCGCGGCCGAUGGCACGCACAUGGAGUACGACAUUGAGAUGGCCAACACGCGCAAUGGCCUCGUGUGGAACAUCCGCAAGCGCUUCUCGCGCUUCCUGGAGCUCCAGAACCAGAUCGACGGGCUCCUCGAGGCCGGCCACUGCCAGCACUGCAGCGCCGUCCUCGACCUCGUCCAGGACCUCGAGCUGCCGCCCAAGAAGUGGGCGCUGCGCCUCUUUAGCAACUCGGUAGUCGAUGAUGGCCUCGCUGCGAUGCGCGCCCGCCUCUUCUGCGCGUACGCGACCGGCCUCGUCGAGAUUGGCGCCGAGAAGCCGCAUCUGCAAUGCCCGCUCAUCGCCGAGGGGUACCUCCAGCUCGUGCUGGCGUUUCUGACGACGCCGUCCGUGUACAUGGAAAUGAAUAAAAUCAAGCUCGCGAGCCGCGUCAAGGGCGGCGCGCCGCUCAUGAAAGCGCCGCCGCUCGUCCUUCAGCGUGCGCGCAGCGGCGGCAAGAAAAUGGCGAUGCUCGAAACCAUCUUGGAGCAGGAGUGUCGUAGUAGUACAGUAGUUAUCAAGGACGCGCCGAGCUGCUGACACCCCCCAAUGCAAUGUGUACAAACCAAUACCCUCCUCCGUCCCCCCACA